GCAUUUAAAAGCAGGCAGCUUCAUUGAGACAUACACUACUACAGUCACAUCUACAGUAGCUGCGAGUUGUGAUUUCGAGUCGUGUAAAAUCUUUUUCUGUUGGAAUCUUGGAUCGGAUCCAAUAUCUCCGAGCACCGUGUGAAUAUUCUUCCCUUGUCACAGCUGUCAGACAUCAUGAGUCUCAGUGUUGGAGCUUACUCCCAGGGCUACCCGCACCCCGGCCCCCUCGGGCACGAGUUCUACCAGUACCCCCAGGUCCGCUACCCCGACCCCCACACUGAUGCGGGGUACUUCCAGAACUGGAUGCUGGGUGCCCAGGAGAUGCCCGUGUCCCCCGACGCGUAUGGCAUGGGGCCAGGAUCACCCCCGAUAGACCCCGCCACCCAUGUUGUCUACUAUGAGAACGGCAUCAGGUGCGUCAAACGCCGCAUCACGGCCAACAAGAAGGAACGACGACGGACCCAGAGCAUCAACAACGCCUUCGCGUCGCUACGGGGGUGUAUACCCAAUGUUCCAUCAGACACUAAACUCUCCAAGAUUAAGACACUGCGUUUGGCAACAAGUUACAUUGCUUAUCUCAUGGACGUAUUAGCCAAAGACGACCCCAAACUGACAGAAGCCGGAUUCAAAGCAGAGCUCACAAAAAAGACAGAUAGACAGACAAAAACAGAAGAAGAAAAGAAAAGGAAAGAAGUUCAGGAAUCUAGUAAUUCGUGCGACAGCGAUGCCGGAAGUCCGUCGUCGGAGAAGAAAGGAAAAGGAAGGACAGGAUGGCCGCAACAUGUGUGGGCGUCAGAACUGAAAAACUGAUGACGUAGAGCACAUCAUUUUGGCCAAUUUAUAGACCAGCACUAAUUUCAGUGUGUUGUUUACAAGGCACAGAUUUCUAUGGCGUUUAGCACAAGGCGGAGUUUUUACAAACACGGGCUCAGAAGAGCCGGAAGUUGACACACAGACCGGAUGUGAUGUCACUGAAAGGACAAAGUGAGAUUGUUGGAUUUACGAAGUCAUACCAAAGAUUUUCGGAUGGGCGGUGAGCUGUUGAUCAGCGAGUGGUUGACGCCUGAGAAUUCCCCACAAGGAGGAUGCCGCUCCAGACGACAGGGGCUACCGGUGCUGUACGGCCGUCUUCAAGAUACUAAACUAGUGCUGUGUGACAAAUAGUUCUCGGACCGAUCUCAGCGCUGCUCGGGGGGAAAUGAAGUGAGGGUUAUCGCUAUCACUGACCCCAGAGACGCUCGUCUGGGGUGGGACGCCCAGGAGAGCCUGAUGAAUGACCAGGACGAUCCCGGGGGUGGGGGAGGGGCAGACUGCCGCCUGCUCCGCCAAGGUCAUGGAAGGUUCCAAGGCGUACACCUUCCACAAAGUGAAGUUUGACAUUGAAGUCAUAUCGUGCUACAAACACAACGUCAUAUGACCAUGUUUUUCAAGACAUUCACUAAUUUAUUCACUUUUGAUGUGUGUGCACAUUCAAAUAUCCAGACUGUCACGUGAUCUCAUUGUGUCUCGACUUUGCACAAUAUUGACACCGACCAUGCAGUAUUAUGUGGGCGUUCGUCCACACGUUCAGUGUACCCUCGUUCAUCCGAACUUGUGUAAUAAUCAGUAAUAUUGACGAACAAACGGUUUCCGAACGAAACACAAAUAUUUGUUCGCAGCGAACUUGAGGUGUAUGGAUAAACGAGGGCGCGCUGUUGCCGGGCACUGUUUGUAAGUAAUAUCAGUAUUAUGUGGAGAUGUGGAGACUGGCGUUCAUGGCAUCAUCUGUUAUGUAGCUACUUGGUUGUAUGUAUCUUAGGGAUUAGUCUGUGUCCAUUCAGCUGUUCAUCUAGUCACGUGUGCCGACGACUGUGUGUAUGUAUAUUAGAGCGUGAGAGUGCUGUUCCAGAUAGAGAUCACAUUGUCUGUACAGAGAAUAUUUCAUGUCGUGAAAAUAUUGAAAAUUACAUAGAAAUUAAAUGACUAUGAUUGUAA